GAGGUUGAACUAUGGCGCCUGUUGGUUACUUCGAGCCGGUUGAUAGCCGUGGCGGGGAUUUAUGAGCGCUGGGGGAAGGCCCGUCCUGGCGGUCUGUUCGUUGAUCCUUCUGCAGUUGAGUUGUCCGACAACAUGGGUAUUAUAGGCGUGCAGUUGGUGGUUACUAUGGUAAUGGCCAGCAUCAUACAGAAGAUCACACCUCACUACUCACUUGCCCGCUGGUUGCUUUGUAAUGGAAGCUUGAAAUGGUAUCAGCAUCCUACGGAAGAACAACUUCAGGCCCUUGCUGGAAAGCACCAAAAAGCAAAAUCUAGGAAAGACAGGAAGUACAAUGGGCACAUAGAAAGCAAGCCACUGACUGUUCCUAAGGAUAUUGAUCUGCAUUUGGAAGCAAAGACCAUUACAGAGUUGGAUACACGAGUUCUCCAUUAUUUCCCUGAGUACCAGUGGUUGGUGGAUUUUGCUGCUUCAGCUACACUUGUUUAUAUUAUUACAGAAAUCUACUACAGCCUGACAAACCCUCACAAUGAGAUGAAUAUUAGCAUAGUUUGGUGCUUGCUUGUCCUUGCCUUUGUCUUUAAAGCACUGUUUUCUCUGACAACUCACUACUUCAAAGUGGAAGAAGGUGGGGAGAGGUCAGUCUGCAUCACAUUUGGCUUCUUCUUCUUUGUAAAAGCCAUGGCAAUCCUAAUUGUGACUGAGAACUAUCUGGAGUUUGGACUCGAGACAGGGUUUGCAAACUUUUCGGACAGCGCUUUGCAGUUUCUUGAGAAACAAGGCCUUGAAUCUCAGGGUCCUGUCUCGAAACUGACCUUUAAAAUGUUCCUGGCUGUUGUCUGCGCUUUCAUUGGUGCAUUUUUGACAUUUCCUGGCCUGCGGUUAGCUCAAAUGCAUCUGGAUGCCCUGAAUCUUGCAAAUGAAAGGCUGACACAGACGCUGUUCCAUAUAAACUUCCUGUCACCACUAAUUAUAGUACUCCUCUGGGUGAAGCCAAUUACCAAGGACUAUAUCAUGAAUCCACCACUUGGUAAAGAAAGUAUUCCUUUAAUGUCAGAGACUGCAUACGAUUCAUUAAGAUUGUGGAUUAUUGUCCUGCUUUGUGUUCUCCGACUGGCCUUAAUUCGACAACAUUUGCAAGCAUACCUAAACUUGGCACAGAAGGGUGUAGAGCAGAUGAAAAAGGAGGCAGGGCGAAUCAGCACUAAGGACCUGCAAAAAAUGGUUGCCCGAGUUUUCUACUAUCUUUGUGUGAUUGCACUUCAGUAUGUAGCACCUAUGAUUAUGCUUCUUCAUACAACACUGCUUUUAAAAACCCUGGGUAACCAGUCCUGGGGUGUCAUCUCAGAAGCUUCUUGCGUGUCUCCUACGGAGAUUGCUGAAACCACCAAUGAUGACCACUCAACUACCCUUAUCGCUAAUGAAAAUGAGAAGUUAACAGUUACACAAAUAACAUUAGCGUUGGGUGGCCUGCAAAAUGUUUUCACUCCAUUACUGUUCCGAGGUCUGCUGUCGUUUCUAACAUGGUGGAUUGCAGCUUGCCUGUUUUCCACAAGUCUUUUUGGUCUUUUCUAUCAUCAUUACCUGACAGUGGCAUAAAUUAGCAUAAUAAAGCUGGACUUCAGAAAACUCUUCUAGAUUUGAACCUAAAUCAAAGUCACUUCUUUGGGGUUAGAACAAAAGGGAAACUUUAAAUCAUUUUGGAAACAACAGAUUGUUGAUGCACAGUACAGAUAAACCUGUUCACUUCAAAUGCUUCCUAUGGGCCUCAGGGUGAAUACAUAUCUUAAGUUGAAAACUAAAACUAAAAGCGGAGAUGAUGCCAUUUUCUAAUAUCAUUGGUCAUUUAUCACUAGUCUUUGACAGAACUUUGGGAUUACUGGAGGUUAUCAACGCAAAAAAACUUGCCCUAUUUGGUUGGUAAAUCAGCAGGAUAAAAAUAAUGCGAUAACCGUGAAUAAGAUUAAACUUCGAUCAUCUUAAAUUCCCAUCUUCACUAAUAUAUUUGCAUUUGCUAUGAAAUCAUAGUUUAUCUGAAUUUCAAGUACAGUCAAAAUUUAGCAAAGACAUACAAGGGCAACAGAAUACAUCUCUUGCAAUUAAUUUUACAAAAUUCCGGUCUGGCUAAUGUAAAUUUUAACCAGCAUAACACCAUCUACUUACCUUUCAGUAUUUCUCAAUAUGCAGUAACUGGACCCUGUUUCUUAAUUUCAGAAACAUGGUUACAUAAAUGUAAAUGGGAAAGAUAAUCUUUUCCUUUAAAGUCAUAUAAUCAUUGAGGUCUACAUCACGGCAAAAGGCCCUUUGGCCCAUCGAGCCUGUGCUGGCCAAAAACAAUCACCUAACUGUUCUGAUCCCCUUUUCCAACAGGUUUACCCGUAACCUUGGUUUUGCAAGUGUGCAUCUAAAUACUUCUUGCAUAUUUUGAGGGUUUCUGCUCUACUGCCUUUACAGGCAAUGAGUUCCAGAUUCCCACCACCGUCUGGGUGUAAUAUCUUAUAUACUUAUUCCCUAUAAACCUUCUAUUUCUUACCUUAAAUCUAUGCCCAUAACCAUUGAUCCCUCUACAAAAGAGAAGUUUUUCUUCACUUUCCAAUUGUAUAUGGGCUUCAUUGUAUCCCAUAGGAUUUUUAAAUAUAGCUUGAUGGAUUAACUUUUAAAUGGUUAUAAAUUUUGAACCAAUGAUGGUAAGCAAAUCUAGUUUGAGUAAUAAAAAAUUAUAUUGACAGAUACCUUAGCAAAAACUGAGCCAUAAGUUAAAAUCAGUCAUGUUUAUCGUUCUGUUGGACAAUCCAGCAUUUUUCACUGUGAGGGUGGCAUUCCACUUUGCAGUUGGAAUGUAAGUAUAACUACUGUAUAUUACAGUAAAAGUUAAAUAUUUCAGACUUUUAAGGGAACAAAUUUAUUUGAAUUUGUCAUUAUAGCUGUAAGAAAGUUUGAUUUAUUGUUUGAUAUGCAGUGACUGUUUUCAGAGCUUAUUGCUUUGGUAUUGUCUUAACAAGCCUUGCAGUUCUACAGAACUGAUACUCUGGCUGUGUGAAUACGGGAAGCAUGUGUUUAUACAGCACAUCAACAGUGACUGCAUUAAGUGGAAAGAUGUUCCCCAAUUUUUACAUAACACUGUCAUAUCUAGUGCAUGAGUCAUCAUUUGCUGAUUGUUGAAUUCUUUUGCUUGUUUGAUUUUGCAGCAGCUGAACUUCUCCACGUUAUAGUCUGCUGCUGAAUUCUUAUUUUUCUUUUAGACAAAGUCGAGUUUUAAAUGAAAUCUUUAAAAUCUUUUUUAAAUGCACUAAUACCAAUAAAAAUGUGUUGCAGUCAUGUAAUGCUUUUCAUAUACCAAAGACCACAAAUGAUUGGAUGAUAUUAAGCAAGUAGAAGUCCAUUGAGUAUUCCACGUGAUAAAGACUAGUGUAAUUAAACCAUUCUCCAUUAAGUUAUUUAACAGUGAACUAACAUUUCCAUUGCAAUUUUAACAUUUUAGGGAUGUUGAACAAUGAAAAGCUAUGAUAGAUACCUUUUGAAUCUACACAAAUGACAUUCAAAUAUGUUUUAACAAUCAAGUUGUCUACAAAAGCCAAUGAUUGCAUGAUCCCAUAUUAUGCUGAAAUUCAAUGUUGAUACAAACAAAUUAUAUUUUCUCAUGUACAGUCUAACAACUAAUGUGCCAGUUAGUUUUUCCCUUUAGUUUGUUAUCCUAUUUAACUUGUCUUUAUAUUUGUUGCUAAACAACAUCCUUUCUUAUGGACCAAUUAAAAGCUGAGAAUUCAGGAAACUGUCUAAAUUCAAAUUUAUUAUCUAAUCACUUAUUGAAAUGCUGCGGGUGAUUAAAUAAUCCGCAAACUGUAGAUUUUAAUCCAGUUAACUGUGGACAGGCAAAGAAGGAAUUAAUUUCAAGCUUCCGAUAAUGCUAUUGGAUUCCGUCAUUUUAAAGUACAGAUUGUUAUAGCAUCUUUGAACAAUUCUGAUUUAAACAUUAUAAUCUGGUCAAAAAGUGAAACAUUACUUUUAUCCAUCUUUUUCUAAUGUAAGUCUUUUGAUACAUCACUGAUCACAAUAUCAGUCUGUUUUAAACAAUGCAGCCUUUUGAAUGGCAAGUUCAAUUUUACAUCUAAUUUUUUUGUAUACGAAACAUAUUUACGGCGGAUGCAAAAAGAAAUAAUUAAAAUCAUCAGGCAGGUAAUGCUGAACUUCUGUUUGCAGAAAAGUGCCAAAAAAUCAGAGCAUGAGCUCAUCUGACUGUUUGAGUCCUGGUUGCUUGUUACACUUCAGAUUAGGUUGUAAUAACUGUUGCAUGAAUGUGAUUCUUUCAUUUUGCUAGUUGACUAGGCCGACACCAAAAACUUGAUUGAAUCCCCAUUCUGACUCGGGUAACUAUGGACUUUCCUUCUUCCUCCUUACCUAUAGGGGAAAAUAACAGUCCGGUCACUUUACUUGGAUUUAACAAAUAACUCUAAAAAACUGCUUUUGGGCAGAUAGAUGAGAAGAAAAUUGCUAAUUUUCUUUACAAUUCUCUUCCUAAGCAAAUAAAAUUGUCCAUUUCAUAUUUUUUUUUAUUCUAAUGACAUCUUAGUCCAUGAAUGUAACAGUUUUAUUGACCUCAUAAGUUUGAGGGAAGUAUGGCCAUGCUAAUGGAAUAGUUGUCACAUUUGAAGUCAAAAUUAAUUGAUUUUAUAAUUUGUUCUUGCAAACUGAUCUCUAUAAUCAAAACUGUGUAGUUAUUUAUCAGAGAUAACAAAGUGUGGAGCUGGAUGAACACAGCAGGCCAAGCAGCAUCUCAGGAGCACAAAAGCUGACGUUUCGGGCCUAGACCCUUCAUCGGAGAGCUUAUUUAUCAGUUUCUGUUCCACAUUAUAAUACAAAAAGACAUAAGUAAUAGCAAAGAUAACCAAGUGUAGAGCUGGAUGAA